CUACGCGAUUUCCGUGGACUUUGAACUAACUUUAUAGUAGCCAUUGACAAGGGGUCAAAAAACUACUCGACUUUGUCACACGUCUUAAUUAUUUGGAUAAUACUGACGCCACAUGAUGAGGAAAAGGGUCAUUAAACAGGAUGGUUCGUCCUCCGCAUCCCACGACGUUCAGAGAGACGCCAGGGCUCAGAGGGAGGAGGGGACGCCGUCCCAAUGGUGGCUGAAAAGAGGCUUCUUGGCCCUCUUUGUUGUCUUAGUUUUGACACCUUUCUCUCUCAGAAUACUCCCAGAAUUAAUCCAGCACCUUGUUUACACUCACAGAAUCAGGGUGCCAUUCUUUGUUGACCUCAGCCGACCUGCUGAUCUCUCCCUUAAUCACACCAUCAACAUGUACUUAACAUCAGAGGAGGGAAUCUCCCUUGGUGUUUGGCACACUGUCCCUGUAAGUCAGUGGAAAGAGGCACAAGGGAAGGACUUGGCAUGGUACCAGAACAGUUUAAAUGAUGGCAGUCCAGUUUUCAUAUAUCUUCACGGGAACACGGGCACCAGGGCAGCCCCACAUCGGGUAGGAGUGGCAAAGAUAUUGAGUGCACUUGGUUACCACGUGCUGGUGCCUGACUACAGAGGGUUUGGAGAUUCCACUGGGGAGCCGACUGAAGCCGGUCUGACCACUGAUGCCCUCUACUUGUACAAGUGGGUCAAAGCACGCAGUGGAAACAGCCUGGUCAUCAUCUGGGGACACUCUCUUGGCACUGGAGUGACCACUAACUCUGCAGUAAAACUAAAUGAGCAAGGAGUGGUUUUUGAUGGUGUGAUCCUGGAGGGAGCUUUCAAUAGUGCUCGACAGGAGAUAAGAGGUCAUCCUUUUGCUUGGUAUUACUGGAAAUUUCCCGGCUUUGAUUACUUUUUCCCAGAGCCAUGGGCGCACAGCAAGGUAGUCUUUCCUACUGAAGAAAACCUGAAGAAAAUGAGAAGCCCUAUCUUGUUCCUUCAUUCAAAGGACGAUCACUUAGUUCCCAUUAGGUUUGCUGAGCAGAUGUAUGAGGUAGCAGUGAGUGCCCAGAAUGCAGAGCGAGUCAAGAUGGUGUCAUUUGACGGUUCUCUGGGGUACCUGCAUAAUGGUUUAUACAGAGAUCCCCAUCUGCCUGACAUCAUAAAGAAGUUUGUGCUGUCGUUGUAAUCCUGGAAAGACGACUGAUGCAGAAAAACCUUCCCAGACUUGAGUUGCACACCGCUGAUUUCAUUUGAUCAUACACUACAUUCAAAUGGUUUGUCUUAACUGCUGCAGACAUGUUGCAUAAAUAUGUGAUUUACUUUACUUUAUAUGUGAUUUUUAUGAAUACUAAACCUUUGUGUAAAACUUUCAGUAUUUUAAGAAUGAAGGAAGAAAUGAAGAAUGAAGAAAAUUGUUCAGGAAAACAGAUAUUAAACUGUUUUUAGAUCAGUUACAAUUGUUUCCUUAUCUGUGAAUAAUUACAACAAUUCCCACAGGAAAUGCAAUUUAGAUGAGACACUGUUGCAGUAGAUGCCCUCUACUGGGCGUUGUUGGGCAGUGAUAAUGUCCAUCUAUAACACCUGAUGAUGAAUUUGGUAAUCCAAGGUUUACAAUGUCUAGGUGUCAAUGACAUUUCAGGAUAAUACAAGGAGAACAGGCUGAAAUGUCUGGUGUGUGAUCCUGCUAUCACAAGUGUGGUUUUAGAAAAAACAACAUGAAUUAUGAAGUUUGGAGUUCUUUGUUUUAAUCACAUAAAUCUGUAUAUUAAGAUGCAUUCAGAUGAGUUUAAAGAAUCAGGUGUCACUGUAGAUUGAUUACAGUAAAUUUGUUAACCAAUAGUGCAA